AGGCAGUGCGGUGUCAGCACAGAGGCGGACGGAGCAGUAUGGCUGGAGUUUGUUUCCGCUCCGUUCUGGUGACUGGGGCCAACCGGGGCAUCGGCCUGGGUCUUGUCCAGCACCUGCUGGCAUUGCCAAACCCACCUGAGUGGGUCUUUGCAACCUGCCGGGACCCCAAGGGACAGCGAGCACAGGAGCUGCAGAAAUUGGCCUCCAAGCACCCCAACCUGGUCAUCGUCCCGCUCGAAGUCACCGAUCCCGCCAGCAUCAAGGCGGCCGCAGCCAGCGUCGGGGAGCGCCUCAAGGGCUCGGGGCUGAACCUCCUCAUCAACAACGCCGGUGUUCUGAAUGCGAACACACUUGAAACUGAGACACUGAAGGACAUGCUCCACGUGUACACCACCAACACCAUCGCACCCCUGCUGCUCAGCCAGGCGUUCCUGCCCCUGCUGAAGAAGGCAGCCCAGGAGAGCCCGGACUCGGGGAUGAGCUGCAGCAAGGCGGCCAUCGUCAACAUUUCCAGCAUUGGGGGAUCCAUUUCUUCUCUCACUGGUUGGGAUGUAAUGGAACUUGUCUCAUACCGCUGCAGCAAGGCUGCUCAGAACAUGCUCACCAGGUGCCAGUCCAUGGGGUACCGGGAACACGGCAUCCUCUGCGUCGCUCUCCAUCCCGGAUGGGUGCAAACAGACAUGGGGAACGCGGCCGGGUACACGCCCCCGCUGACGGUGGACGCGAGCGUAGGAGGGAUGCUGAAGGUGCUCUCCAACCUCUCCGAGAAGGACAGCGGGGCCUUCCUGGACUGGGAAGGGAACGUUGUGGCCUGGUGAGCUGCUGGCCCGGCCUCGUGCCUGGAUCCUGGCAGUGGCCCCAGUGCUGCUGCCCGACUUCUGCUUCCAUCUCAAUAAACUCAUAUCUGAGAACAGCAA